AUGUCUUUUUGGAUCCAGCGACAGGGUAACUCCCACCAAGCUCAGCUCGCCGCGACUGCGGUAAUCUCCGGUGCGGCUGUGGCGGGUGCGAUAUUCGGCCUCCAGAAAUUCAGACGACGAGAAGCCGUGAAGCGAUUGAAAGACUCUAUCCCCGAACUCGAUGAAAAACACCGCGCAGAGAGGCUGAAUGAAUAUGGCGUUGCGGCGGCAGGACCAGGUUGGACCAAGGAAGAUGAGCGCGGCGCAGCUCUGGCGCGCAGGGCGCAACAAGGAGAUUACGAUGAGGAACUUAUCCUAGAGCAGCUGGCUCGUAACCGCGUUUUUCUUACUGACGAAGGGCUUGCAAAGCUCCGGUCCUCGUUCAUAAUUGUGGUUGGAUGCGGAGGCGUCGGUUCGCACGCCGUGGCUUCGCUGGCUCGAUCUGGUGUUUCCAAGAUCCGCCUGAUCGACUUUGACCAAGUCACGCUUUCAUCCCUGAACCGGCACGCUCUGGCUACGCUGGCCGACGUGGGCACGCCAAAGGUGAACUGUAUCCGCAGGCGGUUGCAGCAGAUCAUCCCAUGGGCCAAGUUCGAUUGCCGAAAUGAGCUCUUUGGAGGAUCGGUGGCCGAUGACCUGUUGGCGCCGUGGUCUGUGGAUGAUGCCGACAAGGGACAGAAACCUGCCUAUGUACUGGAUUGUAUUGAUAACAUCACGUCCAAGGUGGAACUGCUGCACUACUGCCACACGCAUUCAAUCCCAGUUAUUUCGUCGAUGGGUGCGGGAUGCAAAUCAGAUCCCACUCGUGUUAUGAUUGCCGAUAUCUCGGUCAGUUCGGAUGACCGGCUGUCACGGAGCACCAGACGGCGUCUCAAGCUCAAGGGCGUUAGCUCUGGCAUUCCCGUGGUUUUCUCGACAGAAAAGCCUGGACCGGGCAAGGCCACUUUAUUGCCUUUGGCAGAAGAGGAGUUCACAAAAGGUCAGGUGGACGAGCUAUCGGUGCUACCAGACUUCCGUUCUCGAAUCCUUCCUGUCCUUGGAACCAUGCCCGCAGUAUUCGGGUACGUCCUCGCCAACCAUGUCAUUUGCGAAAUCUCGGGAUACCCGACAGACUACAGCAUGGGAGGAAAGGGCAAAGACAAGCUCUACGAUACCAUCCACUCGGCGUUGCUAGUAACCCUUGAGCGACUCGCACGUGCAGAGAUUGGAACUCAGCCGAUCGGAUUGCGUUUGCCUAUCAGCCGGGACGACGUCAUGUACCUGGUCGACGAGAUUUGGCGAGGCAAGAGUGUAGUCAGUGGGCUUCCCAGCCGGCUCGUGCUCACUCUGUGGAAUCGCCCGGAACAAGGAUUCAAGCCCAAUACUGAGUGGAAUGAACGAGGGCAGGUGUUUAUUCCAUUCAAACCACAAGACCUGGUACUUAUGACGAAGGAAGAGGCCACUCGCCAUGAAAAAGAAAUUCUUGUUGGUGGAAAGAAGGUUGAGGAGAUUUACAGCGAGGAGGUGCUGCAAAAGGUCAAGCAGCGCAGAGAGGAGAUGGAGUUUUAUGAACAAUAUAGAUAA